AUGGAUAAACAGUGGGCAAUUGUGAAUAUUUUCAUGAUGUCAUUUCUUCAUCUGCUGCAGGGAUCCAAUUAUGAGUAUGGACCUGUAAAGAGAGCACCUCGGUCAACCCUAGAGCAAUCAGAACAGCAAAUCAAGGCUGCCUCCAGUUUGGAAGAGCUGCUGCAGAUCACUCACUCGGAGGACUGGAAGCUGUGGAAAUGCAGAUUAAAACUGAAAAGCUUCACUAACUUAGACUCCCGCUCAGCCCCACAUCGCUCCACACGAUUUGCUGCUGCCUUUUAUGACAUUGAAACACUGAAAGUCAUUGAUGAAGAAUGGCAGAGAACUCAGUGUAUGCCAAGAGAGACAUGUGUGGAAGUGGCCAAAGAGUUGGGCAGAAGCACCAACACGUUCUUUAAGCCUCCAUGUGUGAAUGUUUUCCGUUGCGGGGGCUGCUGUAAUGAAGAGAGCCUUGUCUGCAUCAAUGUCAGCACAUCAUACAUUUCAAAACAGCUUUUUGAGAUAUCAGUUCCUUUGACGUCCGUGCCAGAACUGGUCCCAGUCAAAGUUGCUAACCACACAGGCUGUAAGUGUUUACCCACCACUCAGCGCCACCCGUAUUCCAUCAUACGAAGGUCCAUCCAGGCCCCGGAGGAGGAUGGCUGCCCCCACUCUAAGAAAUUCUGCACAGGUGGCUUGGUAUGGGAUAGCAGGAAGUGUAAAUGUGUCACCCAGGAAGAAAUUCCCCUCAGUGGACUGGAAGAACAUUCCCAUCUUUCAGAGUUGGCUAUCUGUGGGUCUCACAUGAAAUUUGAUGAAGAUCGCUGCGAAUGUGUCUGUAAAACGCCCUGCCCCAGUGACCUCAUCCAAAACCCAGAAAAUUGCAGCUGCUUUGAAUGCAGAGAGAGCCUAGAGAGCUGCUGUCAGAAGCAAAAAAUUUUUCAUCCAGACACCUGCAGCUGUGAGGACAGAUGCCCUUUCCACACCAGAACUUGUUCAAAUGGAAAACCACUGUGUGCAAAGCACUGCCGCUUUACAAAGGAGAAGAAAGGCUCUCACACCCUCCAUAGCAGAGAAAACCCUUGAUGAAAUAUUUCCUUUCCUAUUUUAUAACAGCACACUGCUUUGCCAAGUUGCUGUCACUGACUUUCCAAUCCUUAGUACACAUGGGGCAUCAUCCACUUCAUGGAGCACAAGACUCAAUCCAGCCUUUGCUUAUUUAUUCCAGUAAAUAAAUUGUGAGGAGUAGACCCCCUGGGUAGCUGCCCUGUGACCCACCUGGUAGCCAGGGCUGGUGAAGAGAAAGCCAACUCGAAAUUUUUACAUUGAAUGAAAUGGGUAUGUGUUUGUAUAUAUAUAAUGGAGUGACAGUCACCGUCCAACUGCUCAGAUAGAUGGACUACAUCUUUGUAGACUCUGAACUCCUUGCUAAUGCAACUCUUUUGUGAAAUACUCUUCGAUUCUUCCUUGUACAGAAUUUGAUAUGUUCAGCACUGACUUUUUUGAUCUACUGUCCAGCUUUUUAUUAUUAUGAAUUUAUUGUACAACUACU